AUGCUUGAGGACAUCCAGCGUAAGUUUGUGUCAGCAGUGCUCCAAGAGUUCAAAGAUGUCUUCAAGACGUACGUCAACGACACGUUAUCUACAAGGGAGCUUCACUGUCAAACCCUGAGGGCAAAUCAUACCCACCUAGCAGAUCUUAAGAGCCAUCGGACGUGCUUCUCCUGCUUCCUGCGCAUGCCAGAGAAGGUGCUUACAUGCGGCCAUGCCUUAUGCGAUACAUGUAUUCGCAUUUUUGGAGCUCGCUCCCGCUCCGAGAGAAACACCUUUGAGCUCACAGAAUGCAUUCUAUGUGGAGUCAAUUACAAGAGUUGUAUAUUUCGUUUUGUACCUCCAACAGCGGGCAUACGCACGCUGAGUAUAGAUGGAGGCGGCGUUAGAGGCGUGAUUCCCCUUGUCUUCCUUCAGCAUCUCGACCGCACACUUGCGCCGCUAGGCUGCGCGAUCAAGGAUCACUUCGAUUUCGUAUGCGGCACCUCAGCUGGCGGUCUUGUUGCUAUAGGCAUGUUCUUGUUACAAUGGGGCGCAACGGAGUCCAUAGAGCGGUACGAGCAAGUGGCUGCAAAGACAUUCGGCAGACGAAAAGCCUUAAUAUCAAGGACUCUUCAACUUAUUGUUGCAUAUGUUGAGGACGGCCAGUACAGUCUCGCUGCUGUUCAGGAAGCGUUUAGGAAGACGUUCAACUCUCCUUUGCAGAUGUUCAACCCGCUGCGGAACGACACCAAGGUUGCUGUCACCACUACUGCGGUUGAUGAUUCGCUUCCAUGGUUAUUCACUAACUACAAUGGGGGAAAACGGCCUAAAGAUGUUGGGUACGAUGUCGUUCGCGCUGAGAAAGCGCAAAACGAUAUUACUGUCAGUGAUGCGGCAUGUUGCACAUCGGCCGCGCCUUGGUUUUUCAAACCGCAAGCGGUAGGCAGCCUAGGCACCUACCAAGAUGGGGGUUUACAACAUAACAACCCAGCCAGCAUAGCUCAGUGGGAAACUCGUUUCCUUUGGCCCCGCAAAGAAAGUCCUGAUUUCGCUCUUUCACUUGGUACCGGGUUUGCGGCGGAGUCGGCGAGCUUAGGACUUGCUAUCCCGCGUUUCUAUACCCGCUUGUUCAAAAGCUUUAUGCGAAAUCUGAACGGCGAAGACGCAUGGAUACGCUUCUACAAUUCUUUAGAUCCGAGGGUACGUCCUAGGUACCACCGGCUAAACGUAAAGUUCACCGGCCCCGAGCCUAGCUUAGACGAUGCAAAGCAGAUACCCGGUCUCAAGGCGGUAGCCCUACGAAAGAUCGAUGAGGAUAAGAUCACUUUAACGUCAGUGGUGGACUCAAUGCUAGCUUCCAUGUUCUACUUUGAGUUGGACGCUAUGCCCAUCCUUGACGGAGAUGGUUACCUUUGCUUGGGCUACAUCCACUGUCGCCUUGAUCUCCCAGUCGAAGGUCUCCGCUACUUGUACAAUCAGCUACUAGAAACCUCUUCGUGGUUUCUUAUUUAG